AAUGGAUUUACUUUCUAUUUUUGAAAAGUACUCGAUGGAUAGCUUCCUUUUGGCAAACACUGGAGCAGAUGAGCAACUACAAAUAAUAGAAAACAGUGAACUAAUUGAAGGACUGUAUAAAGGGCAGGAAUUGGCUUUGGAAAGAGUUUUUCAUCCCCACUUGUGGAGUGAUUUUAUUUUCAAAAUAGUUGGUAAAAUGCAGAAAUUGAGAAAAUAUGUUGCUAUUACCUCCGAAUUUUUAACCAAGGUAAUGAACGCUAGAAAAGUUGUAAAGAAAAAUGUGCAAGAAUAUGCUGGUCUAAAAUCCAAACCAAUUAUGGAUUUAAUGUUGGACAUACAUGAAUUUAAAGACUCUUAUAUCAUCAAUGAAAUGCGAACUUUUUUUUAUGCAGCUGUUGAAACUUCUGGUUCUAGUUUAGCUUUUACAUGUAUUCUACUGGGAAUGAACCAAGAUGUACAAACAAGAUGCUAUGAAGAAGUUAUAGACGUUGUGGGAAUAAACAAACAAAUUGAAUUUUCCGACUUACCCAAGUUAAAAUAUUUAGAUAUGAUUUUAAGCGAGUCGUUAAGGAUUCUUCCAAUUGUACCAUAUAUUGGGAGACACAGUUCUGCUCCACUUGAUUUAAGCAAGUAUCAAGAAACAAUUUUAGACGGUGUAACAAUUCCGGAAGACAUAGAUAUCCUAAUACCCAUAUUUCGUCUACACAGAAAUCCAAAAUAUUAUCCAGAUCCUUUGAAAUUCAACCCGGAACGAUUUUCACCGGAACAAAUUGCAAAGCGGCCACAGUAUGCGUACAUUCCUUUUUCGGGUGGUCCCAGAAACUGUAUUGGCUGGAAAUAUGCAACGAUGAUGAUGAAAACUACUUUGGCAAAUAUAGUGAGAAAUUUUGAAAUUCAAUCGAGUUAUAAAAAUGUCGAAGAUAUUCGAUUGGAAGCACAAAUUUUAAUUAGGGCUGUUGAUACAAUGGACUAUUUGGUCUCCAGCGACAUUUACUUACUAACAGUAGGUAGUGACUUUCUUAUGGGACACAACGUUUUCAACAACGCAGCUAUAUAG